AUGAACGUUUUAAAUAAAGAGGUAUUCAAUCAAACUAAAAAAGUUUUGGGUUUGAUUGUAUCUAAUAAAUUAGUCAAUGGGUUCUCAAAACAAUUUAAAUCAUAUAUGUUUCAAUCUCCAAAAUUCAAACCAAUUGUUUCAACUGAUAAUGAUGAUAAAAAAAUGAUUUAUUUAUGUGAUACACUUAAAAAAGAAACAGAUAUUCCAGAUCAACUUAAAACAUUUAUAAAAGAAAAUGAUAUUAAAGUUAUAGAGAAAGAUAUAUCAUUAAAUUAUAAUAAUUUUUCAUAUGAACAAGUUUUAAAAACAUUAUUACCAAAAGAUGUUGGUAUUCCAUUCUCAUUUGAAAGAAUUGGUCAUAUUAUACAUGUAAAUUUAAAAGAUGAACAAUUACCAUUCAAAUAUAUUAUAGGUCAAGCAAUUCUUGAUAAAAAUAUACAAGUUAAAACUGUUUUAAACAAAGUUGGUGAAAUUGAUACAGUUUUUAGAACUUUUAAAAUUGAAAUUUUAGCUGGUGAACCAGAUUUAGUUGCAGAAAUUAAAGAAAAUGAAUGUAUAUUUAGAUUUAAUUUUGAAGAAGUUUAUUGGAAUAGUAGAUUACAAUAUGAACAUAUGGAAUUAGUUAAUACAUUUAAAAAAGAGGAUAUUAUUUGUGAUAUGUUUGCAGGUGUUGGACCAUUUGCAUUACCAGCAGCAAAAAUUAAAAAAUGUAAAGUCUAUGCAAAUGAUUUAAAUCCAAGUAGUGUUAAAUACAUGAAAGAGAAUGCAAAAACCAAUCGUUUGGAAUCAAAAGUUGAAAUUUCAAAUUUGGAUGCACGUGAUUUCGUUAAAUCUUUAGUAGAGAAAUCAAUACCAUUCACUCAUGUAGUUAUGAAUUUACCUUCUACCUCUAUAGAGUUUUUAGAUGUUUUUAGAGAUAUAUUUUUAAAUUCAACCAUUCCACCACCAAUUCCACCACCAAUUAUUAAUUGUUAUACCUUUACAAAACUUGAUGAAUCUUCAGAUUUAAUUAAAGAUACCAUAAAAAAUGUUGAAAAUGUUAUUGGUGCAAAAGUUCCUUCUGAUUAUGUCUGUUAUGAAGUUAGAGAUGUUGCACCAAAAAAAUCAAUGAUGCGUAUUACUUUUAGAAUGCCAACUAUUUUACCAUAUGUUGGUUCUUUGACAACAGCAUCAACAACAACAACACCAACAACAUCAAAUACUAAUACUUCAACAACAACAUCAACAACAUCAACAUCAACAACAACAACAGAAUCAACUAAUACCAAUAAUUCAGCAAAUAAUGUGGAGGAUAAAAAUAAUAAAAAAAGAAAUUCAACUGAAGAUUCAAAUGAAACUAAUGAAACUGAUUCAAUAGAUACAAAUAAAAAAUUAAAAAAUUAA